AUGAGGCCUUCAGGAAGUAGCGGACAGAGAGAGAAAGCAGGCGUUACACAAGACCAAGGCUUCGGAUGUUUAAAAAGACGCUCGAAACGGCUAAUUCAAUAAAACCCAAACUUUCAUUACGAAAAGUGAACAACAGGAGCAGUUGCUGACAGGAUGGCUGCCGACUGGCUGGGGAGCCUGGUUUCUAUAAACUGCGGGGAGACACUAGGAGUGUACCAGGGGAAGGUGUCGUCUGUGGACCAGGGCAGCCAGACCAUCUCUCUGAGACAGCCCUUUCACAACGGAAUGAAGUGCCCUGUGCCAGAAGUCACGUUCAGUGCCAUGGACAUCAAGGAACUGAAGAUCCUGGAGAUCCCUGGUGGUGGAGCCCCAGCAGGGCAGACAGACUCUGGCUCCACUGCCCACAACGGGAGGAGCACCAAAGGGCCUGGCAGUGCCCCCAGCAGUGCCCCCAUGGCUGUGCCUCGCAAAGGUGACCUGAGAGCACAAGAGGAGCUCCACUCGCCACAGCAGUGUUCAAAAAGCUACGGGGAUCGCCACUUAGAGGCACUCGGCCUGGCCAAAGGCUUUCGCCGGCGGCACAACUCCUGGUCUUCAAGCAGCCGGGGCAACAACCAGACGACCCCCAAGAAGAACGGCAUGAAGAACGGAGGGGGGCUGAAGAACAAGGAUGACGAGUGCUUCGGGGACCCUCUGGAGGAGAUCCUGGACACAGACUUUGACUUCGAAGGGAACCUGGCGCUGUUUGACAAGGCGGCUGUCUUCUCUGAGAUUGAAACCUCUGAGAAGCGCAGCGGAGCUCGGUCUCGUGGCACGCCCAGUGAGCGAACCCCCGCCCGCUACCGGCACGACGAGAACAUCCUGGAGGCAGAGCCCAUCGUCUACAGGCAGAUCAUGGUGCCGCAGAGCGGAGGCAAGGAGUACUGCACUGACGCUGGCCUGGUGGUUCCCAGUAUCUCCUAUGAGCUGCUCAAGAAGCUGCUGUGUGUGGCGGAGCGGCACGGGCUCACGCUGGAGCGGAGGCUGGAGAUGGCGGGUGUGUGCGCCAGUCAGAUGGCUCUGACCCUGCUGGGGGGUCCCAACCGGCUCACCCCUAAGAAUGUGCACCAGCGCCCCACGGUGGCCUUGCUGUGUGGCCCCCACGUGCAGGGCGCUCAGGGCAUCAGCUGCGGACGCCACCUCGCCAACCACGAGGUCCAUGUCAUCCUCUUCCUGCCCAACUUCGUCAAGAUGCUGGAGUCCAUCACCAACGAGCUAAUGCUCUUCAGCAAGACUGGCGGCAAGCAGGUCUCCAGUGUGAAAGAUUUGCCAGAUAGCCCAGUGGACCUGGUAAUAAACUGCCUGGACUGCCACGAGAACGCCUUCCUGCAAGACCAGGCGUGGUAUCGGGCGGCCGUGGACUGGGCCAAUCAGAACCGUGCUCCAGUGCUGAGCAUCGAUCCGCCAGUGAACACACGAGAGCAGGUCGUGGAUGCCAAGUGGUCCCUGUGUCUCGGCCUGCCCUUGCCCCUUGCCGAAAGCGCGGGCCGCGUCUACCUCUGUGACAUCGGCAUCCCUCGCCACAUCUUUCAGGAGGUCGGCAUCAACUACCACUCCCCCUUCGGCUGCAAGUUCAGCAUCCCCUUACACUCCGCCUAGCACCGUCCUGGCCUUCCCCAGCCCUCUGCUUUCCAACGGGACAGCGGCCAGAUCAAUAAACGGCCUUCAAAACAACCAGAAAGAAAGAUGUUGAAAGUUUGUCUCCAGCAUUGAAACUGUCUCCAUGGUCUCUGCCAUGCUCAGAUGGAGAUUAAGCAAAGGGUUUUGUUGAGCCGUUCUCUCGAGAUUCUAGCCCUGUUAAUGUGUGCCAUCAAAAGGAGCAAGGAUGAAAAGGAAUUGCAUUUAUAGAAAGACUAUUAAGCUGUUUGAGCAUUAAUGCAGCAAACACUAGUUACAGUUGUUAUGUUGUGAAGGCAUGACUGAGGCAGGUGAUUAGAAAGGACUACUUGCACUCAAGUUUAAAUGGGGACUUUAUAUAUAUAUAUUUUUUUUGUUAGUCUGAAAGUGAAAUGAUGCUAUGGAGAGGUGAGGGAAGAUGUUGGAACUUGAAUAGGCUGAAAAACAAAUAGCAAAAGUAUUGUUUCAGUGCACUGGAAGCUGUAUUCCAUCCACCCUACACAGCGCUGGAGUCUUCAACAGACAUGGUUGUUACUCAGUGUAUUCAUGUAGGAAUGUUUUCCCCCAGCCCUGGCACUGGUUCACUGAUUCUGACAUGGCAUAUUUGCUAUAUAGGUACUAUGAAAUGUUUUAGUCAGAACAAGAAGCCUAAACAGCAAAGAAUAGGAUCACUUUCAAUCACUGCAAUCUCUGAAUCGAGUGUGCUGUGACCCUAGGCAGUGUUAUAAGCGAGUGUGCUGUGACCCUGGGCAGUGUUAUAAGCGAGUUUGCUGUGACCCUGGGCAGUGUUAUAAACGAGUGUGCUGUGACCUGCUAGGCUACAAUGCGCUGCUCAGAUGUUCUUCUGAUUCUUGACGCCCACAUUACUUCAGAAUAUGGGGAGCGAGGGAGAGACACUGGCCUGCUGAACGGUUCUUGGCAUUGCUGUUUAUAGCUCUCCCUGUUAGACAGGAACAUUUCAUGGUACCUUUUAUAAGCAAAACGGAUCAUUUUCUGCUUUCUUUAGGAACUAGCCCUGAGAGGUUUAAAAAUCCUCUAAAUUCCCUCUGAUACAGACUGACUUGCGUUUGUGUGAUAUGUAAGAGCACUGAUGACAGGCUUUUUUUUGUGCUGACUUGUGGUAUCGUGGCACAUAGAUCAUAUUAAUCUUUCAAGUGCUGCUGUUUGUAGAGUCCCUGUAUUUUUUUUUUCUUCCAUACCCAGAUUAAUACUGUGGAAUGUACAGUGAUUCCCUAAUACAAUUUGUUUCAUCUCUACAAAGCACAUAUUGAUGUAACGAUAGUGCAGUAUGAAGGAUUGUGCAGAAUUAAUUCAAUCCAUGUCAGGCAUAACACAUGCUGCCAAAGCUCCAUUUAAUAAACAUAAUUCAAAGCAAAAAGCAAAGGUAUGUCCUCCUGCAUAGUAAAAAUCGCCAUUCUAAGAUAUCUCUUCAUUACGUUGCUGGUACACAUUUUUAAUGCUAAUGGAAACAGUGAACAAAAUGACAAUUAUUACCAAUUGAAGAUAAUGAUAUGAACCAGUGCCAUUUGAGAAUGAGGGACCAGAGCACUUGACUGGGCUUAUUGUACCAAGUGUCUGUUAGGAAGUACAUCCAGCACUCUUUGAUAUGGAAUGUCCUUAAAAUAAACUUUAAGGCGCUACUGCAGUGGUUCCAAGAAACUCAAUGUAUUUAACAUAAUCCUGAUUUAGUUUUUAUAUUUGUAUUCCCUUACUCGUGUCAUAAACCAUGAUCCCUGAAGGAUGGUGCUGUGAUUGGAAUGGGUUGUGUGUUGUGGGAACAUGAACUCAAUAGAUAAGACAAACCCUCUUUCCAGAGUGAAAAUCGAGAAAUCUGCUGGGUUUUGUUCCACAGAUUUAUGACCCUUGAUCUGUGAUAAAAAUAUCAAGACAAAACAGGAUGGAGCAAAGGUAGAAUAAAGUGUUUCAUGUAAACGCUGGCAGGUGUUCUGGGACCCUUCAACUUAUAACUACUGCCUGCCUGCUAAAUUCCACCUGGGUCACCUAUUGCAUCACCGUAAUGGCUGUCUUUAAACAACUGGCUUGAGCCUUAACUUAGUGAAGAGUAUCUUACUGGCAGAACCUACACAUCUUCCUAAAAUAACUUGAGACAAUUUAUUAUACAUAGCUCAGUAGCAGGGUAUCUGAGCUCCAACACAUCUAAUACAGUGAACAGUGCACUGGGAUCUAAGAUCAAUCACAUUCGGUACUUAGUCACAGACCUCUGUUUAAGGGACAUGUGCUUCCAAUAUGCAGGCAGUAGGGCACUGUGCUGUUCUAUUAUGACACUUCAAGGGAAAACUUUCAAGAAACAAAGUAGACAAACGUUUCAGCUAAUGCCUCCUUCAGUGUCUAGGGAUCUAUUUCAACUAAUGCCUUCAUCAGUGUCUAGGGAUCUAUUUCAGCUAAUGCCUUCAUCAAUCUGUAGGGAUCUAUUUCAGCUAAUGCCUUCAUCAAUGUCUAGGGAUCUAUUUAUUUUUCUGAUGAACAGAUCUUGCAGUACCGUAGGUAAUUAUUAAAAUAAUUUCAAACAUUCAGUAAUAAUUUAUAUGGUACUACAUCUAAGGCACCUGCUGUAUGGACUAAAUGAAUGUGUGAAAAAGCCAUUGAAGGAGAGCAGUCUCCAUUAUGUUUCAACACCCUAACGAAUGUUAGCCUCGUCUCUUCAGGUAUGGGGUCUGGUCUUAUUGAAAGGUAGUCACGUUUAUUUGUGUAGGGAACAAACAGCAGUGUUGAAGAUCCAGUUUGCAUUCCAUAUAUAAUGGUGCAUGGUGGCGUGCUUGUGCAAAAAAGGGCAAGGAUACAGAAGUAAUAAGGGGUUUACUUAGAGGAUCUUUCCAUAAUCUGUGUUGAAACAGAUGAGAUUUAUCAAUAGGACUGAUCCAUACUGGGGAUGUGUUUAAAUUGGAACUGUUAAGUGCCAGAUAUAAAUGAGUGUGUUUUGUAAGACAAAACCACUUCAUGACUGCGAAAGCAUAACUGCACCUGUCAUCAUUGCCUUUUGGCAGUGUUGUCCGAUGCACACAUUCACGCACAAUGGACCACAAAGCUACUGGGAUAGCCUCUCCAUCACAGUAUAAAACAUGAAACUAAUGGAGAUCCCCAAACUAUUUUAAAAGCGGCCUGUAAAGUGGAUUUUCCUGGGAUUGGUGUUUUUUUUUUUUUUGCUUUUGAAAAGGGACACACACAGACGAUCCAAGUGGCCAUCCAUUGGGACUGCACUGGCCCAUCAGUUUCUUCAGCCCCCAGUAUCACAGCAAAGGAACGGGUGAGAGGGCAGCCCUGCAGUCGAACUUUCUGUGUUGUGCCCUGCUGAUUGCCUUUGGACAGUGUUACAGGGCCUGCAAGGUCCCAAUCAGACAGGGCACUGAGAGACUGAGGCUACAUUUCCAUCUGCACCACAGAACCGGCUGGGAAGUGCAUCAAAUCUUUUUCCACUAUACAAUCGCCUGUUUAUCUACAUGGUCCAUGCUUUCUUCUUUUCAAAUUGGAUUGACGGUUCCAAUUCAGACCAGUUUUUGAUUUUGUACUUAUGAUACUGAUGGAUCAAACAGGAUUUCAGAUGUCUUUCAAUUCAGUCCAGAUGGCAGAUUAAAAUGUAGCAUGAAAAGCCUGAUUAGGUUGUCUUUGGGCUUGGCGGAUUGUGAACUGUAUGUUACUGCGGUCAUGAUUCAGUAAUGUCAGUACACGCCCAAAACCACCUUUUAUUCCACAGUGGAUUCAAAUGUCUUAUUUCAGGGGCCAGUGCUGAUAUCCGCACCCCCCUAAAGAGGUUUAAAAAUGAAACUGGAUCCAGACCAUUUCCAUUACAUAGGAGGUAGUGCUCAUGGGACAAAUCUGGAUUUUUUUCAUGAACGUUCAAUUUAAGGCCACAGUGGUCAUGUCACUGUUUAUCAAGUGACUACAUCGGCAUUUUGUUAUUGUUAUUGUAUUCUGUUUGAAGAAAAACAAAUUUCAAAGAUAAUUUAGUAGGUUCAGUUGUACUGAGAUUUUCCAGCUACUACUGUUGGCAUGCAUAAGGUUAAAAAAUAGGAUUGUUUUUGUUUUUCACAGAUCCAGUGUUUGUCUCAGCACCGAUAUGAGGAGUCUUAAGGUCUGUGAAGAACUCCUCUGAUACACUCCGUUCAUGUUGCUGGCUGAGGGCAAGAACAGCGUAACUAGUUCACAUUUGUUUAUAUUAAAAUGAAAUAUUCAGAUCUCAAGUAUUGGGUUUGUUACCUGCUGCGCUGUUGCAUUUAGCCAGCUACGUUAGCUUUGUUAUUUUGUGUAUUUGUUGUCCUGUUUGGCACAGUUGGGCAGCUCUGUUGUGCAGUGUCAUCUAAAGGUUUCUGUUACUGUGCUCGUUUUGGAUGCAGAAUGCAAUGAGCGCCCCUCCCUGAUAGCUCAAAGUGCUUUCCCUUGCUUGUUCUGCUUCGUGGAGAAUGAGUUGCUUCCCCGGUGGGAGCCGGGGCACUUUUGAGGAAGUCGGAGGCCCUCCAGUGUGGUGAGAGGCAAGUUAAUCAGGGUUUGGAUGCCAGACACUUGCGAAAAUGAGGAUUUCCUUUUGAUAUUCUCUUCAAUGAAAAUAGUAUUUGUAAUAUUUCUUUACCGAAUAAAAAAGAUGAAUUGGAAUAAGGUAUACAGUGGACCCUAAAGCUUUAAUCAUGUUUUUCCAAAAUGUGUGAUUAAAUAAAGGAUACAUUGGUUUGA